CACAGUUUGUAGUUUGCAAAUUAGCUAGCUAGCGCGUGCUAGCAAAGCAAAAGGAAAGCAGGAAACAGUUCGAUAAAAGAGGUGAGAUGACCUCCUCCGCCCUUGGCCAUUCGGUACCUCUCCUCCCGAACCUGGAGCCUGGGAUGGGGAAGUCUGCAGCCAUUCUGGGACUGACUGCUGGGUUGGAGGGAGCAGAGAUGGAGCUGCAGAAGAUGCUAAUCGAUGAGAGGAUGAAGUGCGAAAACCACAAGACCAACUAUCAGACAUUAAAAGCUGAACACACCAGCUUGCAGGAAGAGUUCACCCGAGCGCAGGGUGAACUGAGGCGCCUGUUGAGCGACAGACAGGCUGAGAAGGAGAAAAUGCAGCUGCUGCUGGCUGAGCUCCGAGGAGAACUACUGGACAAAACCAGGGAGGCGGAAGAGCUAAAACUGCAGGUGAUGACUCCUCAGCGGCUGGAGUUGCUGAGAGCUCAGGUGCAGCAGGAGAUGGAGGGUCCAGUCAGAGAGAGGUUCAGUAAACUGGAGGAGGAGACGGAGAAGUACCGCUCUGACUACAACAAGCUGCGGUAUGACUUCACCUUCCUCAAGUCCCAGUUUGACCACCAGAGAGAAGAACACGCUCACAUACUGGAGGAGAGGAGGAUCCGCUAUGAAGCAGAGAUCUCUCGUCUGGAGAAGGACAGGGAGGAUCUGGUGGCUCAGUACCAGAGUUCAGAUCUAAUGCGCGAUGGGAAACGAGUGGAGGCUCUGCUGAGGGAGAAAGCCCAGCUCCACCUGCGGCUGAAGGGCAUGGAGGCGGAGGUGGCUGAGCUCCGCGCCCAGAGAGAAAACUCGGGCCAGCAGGCCGAGAACGUCCAACGCAUCCAGAUCAGACAGCUGACAGAGUCUCAGGCUGUAGUGAAGUCGCUGGAGGCGGAGCGGCAGUCGUUGCGUCUGCAGCUGGAGCGGAUGGAGAGCGAGCUUCAUCAGACACACGAGCAGAACGGCCAGCUCACCGGAAGACUGCACAAAGCUGAGAGAGAGGUCAACUCCCUCACAUGCCAGAUUGAAAGUCUGAAGCAUUCACAUAAACUGGAGGUGGCAGGCGUUAAACUUGAGUGUGCACGCUCUAAAGGGGAGCUGGAGAGGGAGCGAGACACACUGCAGGGGCAGAUUGACGGUCUGCAGACAGACGUUGACAUGCUGAAGGCUUCGAUGGAGCGACACAAGGAAAUUCUGAUGGAGAAAGAGAGGGAGUUGGUCAGGAAGGUGCAGUGUGCCCGCGAGGAGGAGAUCCGCAAAACUGCAGCCUUACAUGAAGAAAAGUUGGAGGUGGAGAACCGUCUUGCUGCUCUGGAACAGCAGAGGGCGCUGCGGGACGUUACAGACCACGGCCAGAAAGAGGAAUGGGAGGAGCGUCUUCGGAGGGCCCAACAGGGAGAGGAGGCAGCCCGAAAGGAACUGCAAAACACGAGAAGCAAACUCCAGCAGCAGAGCUCACAGCUUGAGGAGCUAGAGAGACAGAAAGCAGAGAUCGCUGACCUGCAGCAGCAGACCCAGGAACUGAGCGUCCAGCUGGGGACGCUGUCUCACUCUGAAAGUGAUCUGAUGCAGACAAACCAGCGGCUGAGAGAGACACUGGACGGAGUCAGGGAGGAUCUGAGGACGGCUCGGGCUCAGGCUGAGAGGAGCCAACACGAGGCAGAGAGGCUGGUGGAGGAGCGUCGGGUUGAGUGGUUGGAGGAGAAACACAAGCUUCAGGAGCGAGAGGCCGAGCUGCAGCAGAAAUACUCUCAGGUCAAAGAGAAACUGCAGAGGGCAGCGGUGGCCCAGAAGAAGAGGAAAACACUUACAGAGAACAAAGAGAAGAGACUGCAGGAUAAGAUCCAGCUGCGGGAGGCCAAGAUAGAGGAGCUGGAACUUGAGGUUGCUGCAGCAAAGAAACGUUCUUCAUUCUCAGAGGAGCAAGCUCAACUCAGCAGAAGGUUGAAGGAGCUUCAGCGACGACACAACGAAUUUCGGCGCCUCUUAUUGGGCAGCCAAGGUCCCUACAGUGCUGGUCCCGCCUUCCUGACCUCCUCACCCACUCCCUUCCUCCUCCUCGGAUCUGAGGGACUCUUAUCCAACAAACCAGAGGAGCAGCAUCAGAGGGAUCUGUCUUUGCUCCAUCGCAGACUGGAGGACCUGGAAAGCGCCCAGCAGCAGCAGCUGGAGGAACUGGGGUCUCUGGUGCAGAGGGACAGGGAUGCCACUCCCCAGCCUGACCUCUGACCCCUUCCCAUUGGACUGUUACUUGAAAUAAUGAGGUGCCGUUCUAACCGUCCUUUCAAACACACCAGCAGUGGGUUUUUUUAAAAACAGCAUUAUUUUUGGGGUAUUUAUAAACAAAUGGAGGGAUAAG